UAUGUCCCUUGGGUCUUAUAUGUGUUCCUGAAAACAAAGCCCUGGGAAAAAGUAACGAUUGUUUUCAAAUUGGGUUUCCACAAGGAAGGCUCCAGGCCCCCAACUGGGAUGUGUCCAUGAACAAGACUACGGAGUUUUGUGGUGCAACUUGAUGCUCACAGUGAUGUAUACCCUAUGAAACCUACCUGGACCAUUUAGAAAGUGUGAACAAAACUACCAAGUGUUGAAAGUGCUGCUUGAUCCUCACAGGGAUGUGUUCCAUAAAACCGACCUAGACCGUUUCUGAAGUGUGGCGGAACAAGACUACCGAGGGUAGAAAGUGAAGCUUGAUGCUCGCAGGGAUGUGCGUCCCAUAAAACCCGCCUAAACUGUUACUGAAGUGCUGCUGAAUGGAAUCUGAUGAGUCCGACUUGAGGUUUUUGUCUGCUGUAGCUGUGUCAUUGUCACAAGGAGCAUCACCCUCACUCACUUUAGCUUCUUCCCAAAUACCUCCGCCGCCUCCUUGCCCACCUGUUACACAAUAUCCAACAUCCGAGUUCAUUAACACUCUCGGCCUUGUAACAUCAACUCAAGGCCAGAAACCGAUCUCAGACACCGAUCCACAGCAUCUGUUAAAGAUGGAGUCACAGGUACGGGCAGCAAUGGCAAAGGCAGGCAUUCCACCCACAAGUGGAGAGGCGGAUUCAUCUGUUCCAGAAACUAAUUCUGAUCUAGACCUCUCCUACUUGUCUCACAUUCAGUCUCUUGUGUCUAAAACUGGAUUCACAUCACCCCAACAGAUUUAUGAAACUAUUAGCAGUAUGUCGAAGGAUGAUGCCUCAAAUACUUCCAGUUCUCAGCCAUCUGUGUACAACAUGCCGUCUGCUUCAUCAGUGCCAGCUCUCAGUACCUCAAGCUUUUCUCCAUCAAACCAACUUGAAUCAUUCCUCUCAAUUCCUGUUCUCCCAUCUUCAAAGGACAGAGGUCGUAGAAUUGAACUCACCUUGCAAGAGAAAGUCGAUCUGAUUCACCACAGCAAAGGUAAAAGCCAGAGAGCACUUGCAGAAAUAUUUGGUGUUGGCAAAUCUCAGGUCAAUCUGAUUCUAAAACGAAAAAGAGAAAUUAUGAACAUGUAUGAACAGGGAGGCCAACUUGAAAGAAAAAGGCUUCGCUUACGAGCAGACAAGGAUGAAAUCAACAGCCUUACUUUGGACUGGUUUAUGAGUGAAUAUAAAAAGGGUGAUACAUCUCUUUCUGGUCCAGUUGUUCAGGAAAAAGCCAAGGAGUUUGCCCUUGAACUGGGUCGCACAGAGUUCCGGGCCUCCAACGGCUGGUUGCAUAGCUUCUGUAAAAGGAACAACAUUGGGUUCAAUUCCAAGCAGGGCAUGUAUGUGAAAGACACCACUGGUUUGACACCCUGGCCUUCCCAAGUUGUCAGUGGCAACGAAACCUGGGGUGAAGAUGGUAGCUUCAUUUCUGGACAAGGAGAUGAUGAUGAUGAAGCUGUCCAGUCUGAUGCAUCAGAAGACAAUUCUGCAAAAAAUGUAGAAACUCCCAAUGAGAGUGUCUCAACUGUUGUCUCCACUCCAGAACCAAAUACUCCUGGGGAAGAUCCUGCUAAAGAUUUAGACUCAGCUACACCAAACAAGAGCAGAAAACCAGCAUCUGGGAAGAAGUUCAAGCGGUGUGAGCUGAACCUACUUGAGAAAGUGGAACUGUUACAGCAGCAUAGUGCGGGCAAGCGGAACGAGAACUGUCCAAAAUGUUUGGAGUUGGCCGUUCUCAAGUGUACUCCACUCUAAAGAGGAAGAAUGAGAUCUUAGAAGCAUAUGAAAGACUUGGGAAUACAAACAGGAAGAGAUUACACAGCAGAGCAGAGAGUGAUGAAAUUAAUCAGUUGACCUGGCAUUGGUUCAAAGAAAUAGCCAAGAUGAAGUCAGUUCAAAUUUCGGGUCCCAUGCUGCAAGCUAAGGCUAAAGAAUUUGCAAACCAGCUUGGGAGAGAUGACUUUAAAGCUUCAAACGGUUGGUUGGAUACUUUUAGAAAAAGACAUAAUAUUAAGUUUUCAACAGGUCAGGGAUUUGUUUAUGAUCCCCCAGAAAACAUUCCACUAGGAAGCAUAUACCCCUUAGAAUUGAUGGAUGAUAGUGCAAAUGAAAAAGUGAAGCCCAAAAAGAGAAAAAAAGAGAAGGUUUGUAAAAGAAAAGACUUGACUAUUGAGGAAAAGGUUCAACUCAUCUUCCAAAGUGAAGGGAAGAGCCAAAGACAAUUAGCAACGAUGUUUGGCGUUGGAAAAUCACAGGUUCACUCCAUCCUUAGGAGAAAGGAUGAAAUUGUGGAAACGUAUAGCAGAACAGGCAAAGGGGGCAUGAAACGUUUGAACCACAGAGCAGAGAAUGAUGACGUGAACAGACUGACAUGGCAGUGGUUCCAGGAAGCUCACACUAGGGGCGAGGUUCAACUCACUGGAGUUCUGGUACAGGCAAAAGCAAGGGAGAUUGCGAAACAGUUGGGCAGAGAUGAUUUCAAGGCCUCAAAUGGCUGGCUGGACAGCUUCAGAAGAAGAAACAAUAUUGUUACCAAUGAACAGAAGAAUCUUGUGAUUUGUGAUGAAAAGGAUAUUUUGUCUUGGAGAGAUAAGCUGCCAGAGUACACAAGGGAGUAUGAGGCAAAGGAUGUGUUCAGUGUGAGCGAGACAGUUUUAUUUUUCACCAGUAUGCCAGAACAGGUUGUAGAUGCAGCUCAGUAUCAGAUCAAGAAGAGGUUCCAGAGUCAGAAUGUGUCUGUAGUCAUGUGUUGCAAUAUCCUGGGAGAAUUCGAAACUCCUGUUGUGAUAGGAAAGCAGGAAAAGACUGAAGGAGAUAUACCAUCAGAUGUGCCUGUGACCUGGAGAUGGAGCACGAGCACGUGGUCAACAGUUGAGUUCUUCACUGAAUGGGUUGUGUCUCUGGACCAGAGGAUGGGAGAACAGGGAAGGAAGAUUGUAUUGUUUGUGGACCGGACACCUCCAGAUGCUACUGAGAUCAUUCUUGAGAAUGUUCAAAUGGUAUGUCCUCCAACUUACUCCAUCCGGCUCCAGCCAUUGUGUCAUGGAGUGGUGGAUGCAUUUAGCGCAACUACCAGAAACGUAUGCUGUCAGCCCUUCUGACACAGAUGGCUAAUGUAAACGAGGGUAUCUCUAAAGUGCUUAGUUAUGUCUCGGUCUUGGAUGCAUGUUUGUGGCUCAGCCAGGCUGUGAAAGAUAUUGAUGCCAGAGUUGUUGCCAGAGCCUUCUUUGACUGUGGGUUUGAUGUUGGUUAUUGCCCAGACAUCCCGUCAAUGGAGGAUGGUGACGUUUAUGACAAUUUGAUUAAAAAAGCAAUAGAGAGCUUUGCAAGGAAACCUUUGAGCUACUACAUAGGAGGAGGUAGCAGUGAGGAUGGGUUUGGAAUUGUCCCUCACGUCCCAGAUACCAGUGAUCAGACUUCUUGUUAUGCUAACAGUGAUGUUCCUCUCCAGAAUGAAGAUGCCUCACAAAGCACUGGAAGUGCCGCGAUGGUCGACCGCACUGAGGAUUCUAGUGACAAUGAAAGUGAUGCUUCUGAUAUAGAGGAGGAAUCUGAUGGUAAUGAAAAUGAACUGACAGAUCCUUCAGUCAGUUUCCCAGUGGAAGUAAUCUCCCCUUUAGCUCGAAGUCUGUAUGCAUCAUCUCGACGUGCAAAACGUGGUGAAACUUACCCUGUGUCAUCUACCGAAAGCCCGGGAGACCCACAGAACGGUCAGUACUCCAAGACUCCUGACAUCAAGAGUGAAGAUUAUUCAGAGGAUGCCAGUAGGUCAGACAGACCGAUCCUGAGGUCGAGAGGUGACGCCUUGAAGGCAGCAGAAUCACUCAUGCACUACUGCAUUCACAAUAACCUGAAUCAUGUCAUUGGAAAUGUGAAAGCUAUUCUCAAGGAACUCUAGUGCCAUUCUAAAGAUAUACUCAACUCAAGAGUUUGACAUUCAUAAUUAUUGUGAAACUGGGCCAAAAACAGGAUGAAAAUGGAAAUAGUUCAUUAAGUUUAAAUCAGUACAUGUAUCUGGAAGCACAGGAAGACCUGUGCAGAGAUAUUCACACAACCAAGUUUCAUGUUCACUGGCAUUAACAGUGUAUGAAAUAAGCCAAAAAUCCAGCCAGACAUCAGGGCUGGUAACUUCAAAAGGUUACCAGCCCAAAAUGGAUUUAACCAGACCAAAUAUGGUGAAUUUACUCAGAUGUAUGGAACAUCUAAAAAAUUUACCAGACCAUCGUGCUGGCUAGCUGUAAAUUUAGACCGUCCGUCAGAAAUCUAGACCGUCUUGGGCGGUCGGACGGGCCUUAUUUCAUACACUGGCAUUAAGGUUUUGUAUUUAAGGUGCUUGUAUUGUCUGUGCAGAGUGUACAUUUGUCGGGCCAGGGGUCCGAUGAUUAUUCCAAUACCAGAUUUGCCUUUACGAUGAUUCCUUCUUUGUCAGCACUGCGUUGUAUUUCAUUGAAAUGGAAAAUGACUGUCUCCAUCUGUUUCAGCUUGCUACCGACACUCCAGGAUUACAAACAACUCUUUCGCUGUUUCACCAUCUAUGUGGAAUAGUACAGAAACUGUACAUAAUAUCACUGAUAUUCAUGGUAGGCUAGGUGGGUUUCUCCUGGAGACAAAUGAUGAUUUGGUCACUUUUUCAUCAUCUUCAAGACCUAUGAUAUUUUCUGAGCCAGGAACCACACAAUGCCACACAAUGAAUCACUUCAGCAGCAAUCACUAAUGUUUAUAUGCGCCUUUGUAUAACAUUCUGUACAACAAUAUUAGAAAAGAAGUCUUGCCUAAAUCUUGUGUAAAUGAAGUUCAUAACGAUAUUUCAUGAAAGAGCUGCCAAGAUAUCUUGUUCACAUUCAAAGAAUCAUGGGGGCCCGUGGAGUAGCCUAGUGGUUAAAUCAUUCACUCAUCACACCGAAGGCCCAGGUUUGAUUCCCCACAUGGGUACAAUGUGUGAAGCUCAUUUCUGGUGUCCCCUGAUAUUGCGAAAAUAUUGCUAAACACUGCGUAAAACCCAACUCACUCACUCAAAGAAUCAUGCAUGGCCAUGUUAUCUGCUUUUACAGUUCCUUGCUUGUCUUGAACAAACCAAUUUAGUUAUGUCAUAGAAACAUUCAAUCUAUUUGUAGUCUAACCAUUGUGUUUAACUAUGUCACCAGCUGAAUAUUUCUUCUGACUUUUUACAAAAUUUAGAUAAAUGACAUUCAGCCAUAAAAACAGAUAACAUAAUUUCAGGUAAAGAAUUCUGGACUGAUCAUGUUCGAAGUCAGAUGUAGGUAUUCAUGUCACACAUUAACCAUAUUAAUUUCCGUACCUUUUCAGGGAAAUAUUUUUUAUGUAAGGGAGGUAAUCAGUUGGUUAAAAUAAAAUCAACACUGUUAAUACACUCUGUAGGAUGAAGUAUUUGUUUGGUAUACACAAUCUGCAUAGUUUGAGAAAUUCCAGUGGUACUUUUUCUAUGAUCAGCUGGUGUGUGAAACAACCACCGUAUACCUUCAUGUAUUUAUGUAAUCAGGUGCCAUGUUUGUUUAUGUUGUAUGCAGAUAGAACAACAUGCUUGAAAAUGACCCAUCAUUGGGUGGAAGCAUUUUCAUAUAGUAUCAGGCAUACACAACAUAGUCCUCAGACUAUCUUCUUUACUGUGCAGAGUUGUGUCCCUUAGCCCUGACAGAAUCCUGUGAUCAUGGGUUCAGAUUCUGGUUCACCCUAAUUAUGUUCGAAGCUUUGUCAACACCCUAAACAGGCUUGUUGAUUUCCCCAAAGUGGUGAAUGUCAGGGACCAAUAUUACUUGGGGCUGUCCUCUCACAUUGACCUGACAUACUGUAACAUAGCUGAAUACCGUGCAUGUGUGCACACACACACACACACACUCUCUCUCUCUCUCUCUCUCUCUCCUCUCUCACACACACACACUCUCUUUCUCACACUCUCUCACACACACACUCUCUCUCUCUCUCACACACACACUCUCUCUCUCUCUCACACACACACACACGCUUGCUCACUCACACUUAUGAUACAUACCCUGGUCUGUCCCUUAGAACCAUUAUACUUGUACAAAUUGCAUUUGAGAGAACAGUGGAAUAUUUGUCUUGUGUCGAUGAUCCAACUUGUCUAUGAUCUCUUUUUGUCUUUGUGUUAGGAUUUUCAUAUACACUCCUACAACAUGGCGAACAUGCUGGAUAUGUCAAAUAUUGUAUAUGUACUUUAUGUAACAAUAUUCCAGGACAAUCUUUUAUCUGGAACAUGAUCACUGAAAAGUGUCUUGAAUAAAUAUGACUUGAAACAU